GGCAGAGCGGCGGCCGGGCUCGGGGCGAGGCGGACAGCAAAAUGCAAGUUUUUAGUACUUCUUCAAUGUCGGAUUCAGUAUUGAAAUCUCUAUUAGAAUCAUAGAAUCAUUAAGGUUGGAAAAGACCACUGAGAUCAUAGAGUCCAACCGCUGACCCAUCGCCACCAUGCCCACUAUCCCAUGAUUAAGGUUGGAGGAGACCUCUAAGAUCACCAAGUCUAACUGUUGACCCAUCACCACUGUGCCCACUAAAAUUUCUCCUAAUACUUUUCCUGAUGCUUUUCUAACCUUUCCCCCCUCCCUUCCCCCCCCCCCCCCAUUCACACGUUUGGUUUAAUAGUGAAACUGUAGCCUGAGUUCAUAGCAGUGCUUUUAUUUUCUUAUGAUGGGUAUAAACAGAGCAGCCUCGAGCAGUGCUGGGUUAGUGGGGCGAUGGGCUCUGUUGCUGUGCUCACAAAGGCUCCAGCUGAUGCCUCCGGAGUGCAAUGCCAUCUGUAGCAAAAAUUGAACAAAUUUGGCCUGGAGCCUGGAAAGACAACAAACUUUUGGCCUCAGAUAACUCAGGGAGGAAGGGUAUCACUCCCAGCAAAUGGAGUGCUUGGGGGCAAAGUGGAAGGAACUCAAAAUGCAGUAAUUGGUGUAUUUAGAGGGGGGGAAAGAAAGGGAGGGCAGUGCUGACAUCACCAUGGUGUGUGCCUGAUGCAUCUCCAUAUCACCUAAUGGGUUGGGUUGGAAGGGACCUUAAACCCAUCCAGCAACAACGGACUGAAGUUCCCAGCCACCCUGGAGGCUUCUGUGUUUGUGGACCCCCCUCUCUGCACCGCCUCAUGGAAUCGUUUAGGUUGGAUAAGACCUUUGAAAUCAGCAAGUCCAAGCCAACCCCACAGCAGCUGUAGUAGAGAGGAUGCACUGCACGGCCCAUCCCGCUCCCUGCACUGCAGGGCCUCAGUGGAGCUGCUCAAAGAACAUCUGCAAUGGGACAGCAGAAAGCAUCGCUGCAGCAAUGCAACCUCCUCUCCAACCCAGCCCCUCGCCUGCUCCCUCAAGGAUCCACAUGGCCCCAUUCCAUUGCUGCACCCAGUGGACAUCCUGCAUCCAUUCCAACAUCGAUGCUGCUGGACGUGACCUCAACGCAAGGCUUUUGCACGUGGCUGCUCUGUGGUUCCCAAGAAAAGCACACGUCAGAGCACAGAGGGCGGGGUUUGGGGAAUUCCCAUUGCAUUCGGGUGUUUCAGAGCACGAGGAUUCUGUUUAUUUUUAUUUCCUGCAAUGGCUCAUUGAGAAGUCAUCAUUUGUUGACAUGCGAUAACCUUCCUUUGCUUCCAACAUCUCUGGGCCGUGGCUCAGACUUUGCCUGGGGACCGACCUGGAGUACUUUGGGUUGGGAAACUCAAGGCUGGAGAUGAUGCUGGGAAAACUCAGCGAGGAUGGGCUCUGAGCAGCUGAUGGAACUGUGGGUGUCCCUGUUUGUUGCAGGGGAGUGGGACCAGAUGGCCUCUAAGGGUCCCUUCCAACUCAAACCAUUCUGUGAUUCUAUGACAGAAAGCAGCAGUACUGGUGUAUAGUUGUUGCCGAUUGUUGUGCCUGACAGCCGUGCUAAAAAUUCAUUUUUUAACCUGAAAAGAUGGAGUGCUGAGCAUCUUCUCCGCAUCCAGGGAUGUGUGGUACCCAGGUGCUCAGUGGGACUGGAGCUGUGUUGUUCUGCUGCUCAGAGCUGCUUUUUCCUCUCCAUCGUGCCUGCAAGUAACCCAGGCUUGCGUGUCCUUAAGCUCUCAUUAAUGCACUGAUAUGUGCAAGUGGCUGAACCUGAGUGCUUCAUGAGGAUGGAUCAAAACAGGGUUGUGAUACCAGUGAACGUACCCAGACUUCACUGUGCCCCAAGCCUGGAUGCACCCAGAGAGCGAGAGCCUACCCAUGAGCUCAGAUUUCCAGCAUUACAGUUUCAGGAUGCCGAACAUCGGGUUCCAGAACCUGCCUCUCAACAUAUAUAUCGUGGUUUUUGGCACGGCCAUCUUCGUCUUCAUCCUCAGUUUACUGUUCUGUUGCUACUUGAUCAGGCUUAGACAUCAAGCACACAAAGAGCUUUACGCCUACAAACAGGUAAUACUCAAGGAGAAGGUGAAGGAGUUGAACCUACAUGAGAUCUGCGCCGUUUGCUUGGAGGAGUUCAAGCCCAAGGACGAGUUGGGGAUCUGCCCAUGCAAACAUGCCUUCCACAGAAAGUGCCUCAUCAAAUGGCUGGAGGUGCGCAAGGUGUGCCCGCUCUGCAACAUGCCGGUGCUGCAGCUGGCACAGCUGCACAGCAAGCAGGACCCCGGCCCCCCCCAGGGCCCCCUCCCCGGAGCAGAGAACAUUGUAUAGCUCUGUGCCAGCACGGACUGCCCCGGGGCUGCUGGGGGGUACCCGGAGACGACCAAAGCACUACGGCACCAGCAAGGAGCCAAGCUGGGGACAGGAGGAUGGAGAGCUGAGAGCACUUUAGGGAAGGAGCAUCCCCAUGCCCCAAAAGGGUGCUUGGCCUUGGAAUGGGGUUUUCCUCGCUGGGAACGUGGAGCUCAGUGACUGUUGGGAAGCCUCAGCAUGAUGCCUUGGGAUGGAGCGGCCGAGCGGUGCCUGAAUGCACUCAACUCCCUCUGAGCAUCACCCAGGAGAGCCGGUGUCCGCCCCGCGCAGUGCUGUGGGGUCAGUGCCAUCCAAGGGGGGAAUUUUCACCCCUGGUUGCGAUCUCUACUGAGGAUUGCAGUUUCUUCUCCCAAAGGGCUGCCCAGGGCUUGGAGCUGGGUGCUUUUUGGGGUGGCUCCCCCCCCACCCUGCUCGGUGCCAUGGGCUACCUCAGGGCUUCCUUCAUCCCUGCCAUGGGUAAGAGCAUCUCCCAUCGGUGCAACCACCUCAGUAUCACAGCAUGGUGGGGGCAAACCCUACCCUUUGGGUUCACGUUGAGCCUGGCCCUUUGGGUAUCCAAGCACGGAUGGCUCAGCACCACCCAAAGUCCCCACCCAACCCUCCCUGAGUGCCAAAGCUGCUGUGGGCUGCACCACCCCUUCCUCUCCCUUCAUCCCAUGGGGCAAAUUCAGCCCCUUUCCAGGCAUCAUUCCCCCCUCAACCACGCAGUUCUUUAUGGGAGGGGGUUCCAGUGUUACCCCACAGCGGGGCUGGGUGGGCUCUGAGGGGGUCCCUCCUGUACAUACCCCACAACUCCCAAGACUGUUUAUGGAGCGUGGAGCCUCAUAGACAUGUUUGUACACUACAAAUUCUGCAGCAGAAUAUUUUUUUAAAAACGUUUGCUGUUUUCCUUUUUUUUUGGGGGGGGGGAGGGAGUAUUUUUUUUGUUGUUUUGGGGCUUUUUUUUUUGUAAGCUCUAUUUUUGUAUAUUUAAUUGCUAUUUCAAGAUUCUAAUGCGUCUUUUUUUGCUAAUCACACUAUUCUUAAGGAAAAAAAAAAAAAAAGCAAAGCAAAGGAGGAGAGAAGUGGUUUGCAUGUGAUUUGACUUGAAAUGUAAAUAAAGGCAGGUUUUGGA